AUGCAGGAGUUGUGGAUGAUAAUAGAGGAUUUCAAUGACAUCACGAGCACAACUAAGAAUAAGGGUGGCGUUAUAGCUUCAACUAGAAAGAGUAAACUUUUCAUAGAGAGAAUUGAUAAGUGCAAGUUGAUGGAUCUUGGCUCUUCUGGUCCCAAGUUCACUUUGAGGGGACCUAUUUACCAUAGAGGACAAAGAAUUUAUGAGAAUUUGGAUAUAGCUUUGAGUAAUAUUACUUGGAUAGAGAUAUUUAUUGAUGCUUGUGUAAAAGUCUUAGUUAGAGUUGAGUUCUUAGACCAUCAUCCCAUUUUAAUCAUGUCGAACAUGAGAAUGACUAAUAUAACUUCCAGGCCGUUUAAAUUUGAAAGUACUUGGCUAAUUGAUGUUUCUUAUCGUGUUAUGCUUAAGAGAUUUUGGAGAAAAGAAGUUAGCAUGGGAGAGAACAUGGAAAAGUCCAAAGAGGACAUAAAAAGUUGGAAAGGAAACUCUUUUGAUCAAGUAUUGAGGAAGAAGAAAAAAUAUUUGGCAAGACUUAAUGGGGUUCAAGGUUGUAUUCAAAGGAAUGAUAAUUGUUCAGGAAUGAGAACCUUGGAGAAAACGUUUUUUCUAAAUUGA